UUCAACUUCUGUAAGAAACUCCAAAAACUUGUUUGCGUCUGGUGAAAUAAGUAUGGAGCCUGAGUAUCGUUCAUCGUACAUUUCAUAUCCGAUGGUGGAUCGAACUACAAAAAUACUGCCACGUGAAGCAUUUCGCCUCGAUCCUGACCCAGUAGAAAACAAAAUUCAUCCAACCGUUCAAGAGGUUCCUUCCUGCCAAAAACUGGCAAAUGAUAAAAGUUUACGUGAACUUGCCGCUCGCAACCUUCAGAAAAGUCGCCUUCAGCAAUACGUUGGAGAUAAUAAAUACAACACCGCGCCAUCUGAGUACAAACGCCAAUUCGUACAAUUUCCCAUCGAAAAAGCACACUCCAUACCACAAAUAUCUCAUAUAAAAAUACAAGGUAAAUUUGGGGGUGUGCCAGAAUAUCAAGACUGUUUCAAAAUGUAUGACAAUUAUUCGAAAAGCGCACCAAUAAAAAAAGUUGACAAUUUACGAGUAUCUGGUGCUGAAAUAGUAGAAAAGGCAAAUGAUGAUACUAAAUUACCAGAAUAUCGGGAGAAAUUUCGUGAACCACCGAAAAGUGUAUCGAAAGAAAAAGCAAUUAAAAUCCCUGACCAUCUGCAUCCAAACGGACAAUUUUCGAAAGAUAUUCCAGAAUAUUACGAAAGCUUUCGUGAUCCGAAGAUUACACAGAUGCCAGAACGUGGUAAAUGUCGGGAACCAUAUUUACGCCUCAAAGGUAAAAUCGAAUUCAACCCCGAAUAUCGCAACACUUUUUUGGAUUUCCCACGUUCACGGCCAAUCAUACGAAAACCAGCUUCCACAUUUCGUCUGCCAAAUUCAUCAUCAACUACGUCCAACACGACGCUUAUUAAAAGUCCCAAAUCUGCACGUCGCAAAUUUAAAUCGUAUUCCCCAAAACGAAAGGAGUAUAUUGAAAAUUCCCCAAUUACAGACAUCACCACAACGCCGGAAUAUCGUCGCGCUAAUUACCAAUAUCAGCUGCGCGAACGUACUCCCCCACGCGAACCCAAGGAGGAGAAAGGAGAAAAGGUUGUUGGUUCAGUGCCCAACACUAAAUAUGUGUCCAUCGCAACCCAACGCAAAAGUUCCGAAUCGUCAACGGAUGUACCCGGUAAGUCGUCAUAUUUGCAGAAGCGACGUACUUCCCGCCAUCGCCAAGCAACUAUUGGUUGUCAUCAUGGUCCGGGUGCACCACCGAGUUUUGAAAAUGUUGUGGGUUGUGCAACAAAAAAGGCAGCAAAAUUUGGCAGGCGUGCAUCUAUGCUUCAGAACACAUCAACUGUGGGAAAGGACAGAACGGGAUAUUCCAUGUCGAAUCAAAAAGCCAACGAUGAGUCAUUCGUUGUGCUGAACGAGCCUUGUAAACAGUCACACUGGAUGAAGAAGUCCUGGUACGAAUCGUAAUUGUAUUAUUGUAUGUGGAGUGAAAAUUUUAGUAGAGUAAUUUGUGUUUACAAUGGAAGAUAUACUAAAAUAAAUGUUUACUAGCUUUAACCCUUACUAGCAAAUAUACCCCGCUCCGCCUUUGAGCAAUUGAAAAAUUGUGCCAAAUAUUUGGAAUAUACAUGGAUACCAGUGUAGCCAAACAAGGGCUUUUCCUAUCAAAACUGGUACGGUUUUUCCCCUUUGAAAGGUUGGUAGGCUAGAUUGGAUUUUGGUAGGUUCCGCGACAAUAAUAGUUAUUUGCGAAAAAUAUAAAAUAUGUAUCCUGGUGACCAAAAGCAACGCAAGUAAAGGUGUGAUCCUUCUGUAGCAAGCUGCACCGACGGUACAGGAGCUAUGGGCACCUGUCCAACGGAUGCCCUUGGUGUCAUUACAGGCAUUCCUCCUUUGUCUAUUUUGUUUGAAAAAGAGGGCUGCUGAGGUGCCCUACGACUGCCCAAUAUGAUCAGCAAGAAAAUUUGGGAUCUUUGGGGUCAUUUGGACCCUACAAGGUAACAAUUCCUGAAGGGGACUUCUGUGAAGUGAUAGUAACUAUGAUUGACGAAAGGUCCUACGCAUGGUAUACCGACGGAUCAAAUUAAAUAUUAUGUCGGAUAGUCAGGCAGGUUAAAGGUCUUGGACUCUUCUAAAACGGCAGCAGGCUUGUGGAAAGCUGUAAAACUUUUUUGAACCACUUGGAAGCUCACAAUAACGUAACGCUGUGAUGGGUUCUGGGACAUGAAGGGUUGGAAGACAAUUAAAUCUGACUGUCUCGCAAAGCGGUGAGCCCAAAUGCACUUGCAUGCCUCACUUCUUAAAGAGAGUAAGGUUGGAGUGAUUACAAUUAGGGUUAAGAGCAAUAGAUCUUCUUAGGUCGCAGCGCGUUUCUCCCCGACGUAAUAAUAGUAACAAUAAUAAUAUGUAUGUGUAACGAUACAAACAUUUGUGUAAGUCUGUAGAGUAAAAUGAAUUCUUAUACGUAGUUAAUUUGUUUUUAUUGUACUA